UAUGUCUAACAACAAUCAUUCUGAUGAUGAAGAAAUGUUUGUAAUAAUUAUAAUUCUUACUUUAGCUUGUGGGGAAGAUUCAAGCAUAAAAAGUAGAAAUAGAGGCACUUUAAAAAUAAUUAAGAGUUUAAGAAUUUCAAUUUAAACAACAGAUAUUAGAAGUAUUACCUUUAUUAAUAAAAAGUUAACAAAUGAACUUGAGAGAGAGAGAAAAAGAACAAGUGAUUUGGAGAAUGAAAUAACCACAUAAAUUAGUUCAAUAGGACAAGGGGAAAUUUAAUCAUUUGCUACUUAACUUGAAUUAAAGUUGUCAGAAGCUGAAAAUAAGUUGUUAGAAUAUAAAGCUAAUGAAGUUAAUUAUGUGAAUAAAUUUAUAGUUGAAAUUGCAAAAAGAAAUUUAGAGUUUAAAAAGAAAGCCAGAGAAUGAGGAAAUAGAUGAAUUAAAAUAAUAGUUAGUUAAAAUGGAGGAAACAGCAAUUGCAUUAAUUGUUGAAAAAGAAAAAGUUAUAUAAGAUCUAAAAAGUCAACUUGAAUGUUCAACAUAAAUUUAAGAGACUUUUCAUGAUUAAGUACAUAGUUCUAAUGUAGAUGAUGAAAAGGAUAUUAAAAUUUAAAAUUUAAAAUAAUUAGUAUAGGAAUUAAACUAGAAAAUAGAAUAAGACUAAUUGAAUUUUGAUGAAAGAUUAAUGAAAUUAGAGCAUGAAAUUACAGAAAGAGUAUUAGAUAGUAUUAGUCAUUAAAUAAAUGAAUCAAAAUCAGUAGAAUAAGAUUUACUUCAUUAAAUCAAUCUUUAUGAAGAGAAAAUAAAGAAUUAAGAUAAAUUAUUAGUUAGUUAGGAGAAAUUAUUAUAAUAAGUUAAAGAUGAAAAGUAUAAGGAAGUUAGUUUUUAUGAAGGUAGACAUGUAGAGAUGUAAAAGAAAUUAUCAUCUGCUUUAUAAUAAGUAUUAAAAAGUGAUAGAAAAUCUGAAGAUGCAUUUAAAUAAUAUACUAAUUUAUAGAGAGAGAGAACUAUACUUUAAAAAUAAAGAGAUGAAUAAGUUAAAUUAAAUGUUAAAUUGGAGAAUAAUAUUAGAAAAUAGAUUUAAGAUAUGGAUGAACUUAGAUAAUUUAAUAAUAAUUGUUAAUAAUAAAUUGAUGAUUUAGAAUAAUAAGUUAAUCAUUUAGAAUAAUAAUUACAAGAAACUAAAUUUUAUUAUGAAGAAUAAUUAUAAAUGCAAAAGAUUCAUAUACCUAGUGAAAGAUAACAUUCAUAAUAAGAAGAAUAAGGAUAGGGAGGAAAUUUAUUAAGUGAAUUAUUAACAGAAGAAGUUUCAAUAGAAAAACCUCAUAAUACUUAAUAGAGUGAAGAUAGUUUCCAUUAAUAAAUACCAUAAACACCUUAAUCUAAAAAUGGAUUAGGACAUAUGUUUGCAUCAUCUAGAAUCUCAAAUACAAGUGUGAAUACUAAAAGAAGAUAUUAAGAAAUAGAAUAAUUAAAAAUAGAAUUACAUUCUAUAAAACAUGAAAAUGAGUAAGAUAUAAUUAUAUUAUAUUUAGAUAAUUAGCAGAAGAAAUAGAAAAUUAUGAACAUUUAGUUGGUGUAUUAUAAUCAGAAAUAAAAGCAUAAUUAUUAGAAAUAUAAAACUUAAGAAAAGGAAAACUUGAUUAUUCUUAAGAAAGAGAUUUGAGAAUAGAUUAAGAAUAAUUAAAAUAAUCACUUCAUAAACUUGAAACUCAUUUUAUUACUGCCAAAUUAAGUUGGGCUGAAGAAGUAAAUUUCUUAAAAUCAGAAGUUAAAAGAGCUGAAAAAUAAGCAUAAGAAAGCACUUUAUUAUAUAAUUAAAUAUUGACUGAAAAAGAAUAUUUUUAAUCCAAAUUGAAGAAACUUGAAACUUAAAUAGCAAAGAAAGAAAAAAAGAAUUAAAAUUCUUAAAACACUCCUUUAAGUCCACUUAAAGAGGAUGAUUAGACAAUUAAAAAAAAAGGAUUCUUAUCCUAUUUCGGAAAGUGAA